AUGGCCGACAUCCGCACACUUCACUGGUAUGAGUCGGCGGCUGACAAUCAAGCGAUUACUGCCAAUGGCUGGAGAUUCCAGGUGGCCAAGUCGGUUGCUACAGGAAAUGGAGCACCCAUUUACAAUGUCGUGUGGCAGUCCCAAGGUGUUGCCCCCGUUACCGAUAUUUCCUGGAAAGCUCAGUAUGCUCUCAACUGGACCGCCGCUCUGAUCUCGCCUGGCGUCAAAGUCAACGUUGGCGGUAGAUGGCAGCGAUGUAACAAAGGCGAGACCUACGAUCUAAACCCACAAGGAUACUGGGUGCCCUCUGCAACACCGGCUGGCCCUGAUGGUGCUGGCUGGCUCCACAUUGGCAACAUUGAUUAUGCAUACCCGCAUGUCCUUGGAAUCCAUAUCAUCGUGGGAGUUUUGAACAACCAGACAGGCAGAUACGAACCUAUCUUUGUGGACCAGGCAACCCUUCCAAAGGGUAGCUCGGCGAAAUACCAGCCGCAAGAGAGUGUGAGUUGGUGGCUCGAAGGGAGUGAUCUCACUGGUCAGGUCUUCAGCGACACCAAAUCCAACGCCACAACCUUCAACUUCACGAAUCCGAGCAACCCCCUCACAGAUUCUUAUGAGUGGUCAACUUCGUACAUAAUGCGCCAAGGCCAAUGGGUCAUUGCAGCCGGACCUGUUCCCCAGGCCUUCCGUGCACCUCCUCCGUCUGAAAACAGGGUCAACCCCCUCGGCGGGAAGGAUCCAAUUCUUCUCGACUUGGAUGUAGGAAGCUGGAUUGUCAGAUUCAACCCCCCCUUGCUCGGCGGUGAUAUGGGGGUCGCUGUCACAGCUCUCUCGGAAAAUCUCAAGCAACAGUUCGAGGCACUUGAGGUCCAAGCUGUGGGCAGCGAAGGCACCGCGCUCACAAUCCAGUACGAAGCCGGUUCGGCUCCUGGAGCCCUUGAACAUAUCGGAUUUCCCCGCGGUUCUCCCGGAUCUCAAAGCACAAUCGACAGCGCACUGAGGGGGUUGCAGACAGCCGGCGAACUCCCUCAAACCGAGGAAUGGCUUAUCGAGCCGGCACCCGUGGAGGAAACAAAUGGUUCAGCACCGAUCCAGGCGCGCGAGAGCAAACUCAAUGGGGCCACCACCCAUACCAACACCAACAAUAACAGUAACAGCAACAACAGCGGCUUGGCCUACCGCUACGGCCCCGCCCCUACUGACCAAAACCCGAACAACUUUGCCGCCAACUACCAGACCAAGUCCCCCUUCCUGCAGCAGGGCUAUCCCUCAAACCCCAUCUCAACCUAG